AACUGAACCUUAUUACAGUGUGUGUACUUUUUCUGUGUGCAUUAUGAAGGCCAUUUUUUUGUGUGUGUGAGAUGAUAGCGAGAAAAAGUAAGUGAGGUAGUGUAAGUGUGCGAGAAGGAAGUGGAACUGAAUUCAGCCUUGGAGAUGGUAGAGGAGAAGAUGGGUGGAUGCUGGAGUCAUACCAAGGAUCAGUUUGAUAACUUGGAGAAGCACACUCAGUGGGGUAUAGAUUUUGUGGAGCGCUACACCAAAUUUGUCAAAGAGCGGGCUGAGAUCGAACUGAAUUAUGCAAAGCAGAUCAGAAAUUUGUCUAAGAAGUACCAACCCAAGAAGAAUGCCAGAGAAGAAGAAGAGGGCAAAUACACAUGGUGUCGUGCAUUUCUGGCAUCUCUGAACGAGCUGAAUGACUAUGCCGGCCAGCAUGAGCUCGUUGCAGAGAACAUGUCAUCACAAAUCAUCACUGAGCUCUCGCGAUACUCACAGGACCUCAAAACAGAGAGAAAAUCGCAUUUCCACGAUGGACGGAAAGCUCAACAGCAAAUUGAGAACAGCUGGAAACAACUGGAACAGUGUAAACGGAAUUUUGAGAGAGCUUGUAAAGAGGCAGAUCGAGCACAGCAGUACUUUGAGAAAAUGGAUGCUGACAUCAAUGUGACAAAAGCAGACGUUGAGAAGGCCAGACAGCAGGCCCAGUUUAGACACCAGUUGGCAGCCGACAGUAAGAAUGAAUACUCCAACUACCUGCAGAAAUUUAACCAGGAACAGACUGAACAUUACCACACGCUCAUCCCCAAUAUUUUUCAGAAAAUCCAGGACAUGGAGGAGAGGAGGAUUGAUCGAGUGGGCGAGUCCAUGAAGACCUUUGCUGAGCUGGAUAGACAGAUUUUGCCCAUCGUAGGGAAAUGCCUCGAUGGCAUAACUAAAGCAGCUGAGAGCAUCGAGGCCAAGACUGACUCAAAACAGGUGGUGGAGUCAUAUAAGUCAGGGUUUGAGCCACCUGGAGAUGUGGAGUUUGAAGACUACGGACAGGCAAUGAAGAGGACUGUAUCGGAGACCAGCCUGACCAACUCACGUCCCGAUGUUAAGACAGAAAAGCCCGGCAAAAGCAAGAGCAAACUCUGGCCAUUCAAGAAGAACAAGCUUAUGUCCCUAUUAACAUCCCCUGACCCACGCCAACCCCCUCCAGAACCCCCCUCACCUUCUACUGUGACCCUUGACCCCUGCCCCGCCCCUCAGAGCCCCAAACCACCUAAGGAGGCCCUCUCGCACCGCUUCAAUGACAUCAUCACUUCCAAGCCCAAAAUUCACUGCCUUCGGAGCCUGCGUCGUGGGUCUCCACAGUCCCUUCACUAUGAUAAAGAGCUGAUGAAGAGGACUCUUGGCCGGCCUACUUAUGCUUUUGAGGCCAGGCAAUAUGUCCUCUCUCUCAAGCUGAUCUCGCUCAAUGCCCACGUGCGGAACCUUAUUGAGGGUGCGAAUCCAGAGGAUUUCAGCCACUUGCCGCCAGAACAGAGGAGAAAGAAACUACAAGCGAAGAUCGACGACAUUAAUAAAGACAUACAGAAGGAGCUGGACCAAAAAGAUGCAUUGACAAAAAUGAAGGAUGUGUAUGUGAAGAAUCCCCAAAUGGGGGAUCCGAGCAGCGUUGAUCCACGACUUGCAGAGAUUGGUCAUCACGUUGAUAAACUUCAGGCUGAGCUUCAGAAGUUUGAGGGCUGGCUGGCAGAAGUGGAGGGCAGAAUGCCAGUAAGAACUGAAUCGACUCAGAGACAAAGUAUUGUGUAUGAAAGUCAAAUUAGUUCAACAAUGGCCAACAACAACUGUGCUCAGGACCGUGAAAGCAGUCCAGAUGGUAGUUACACUGAGGAACAGAGCUCUGAAGUCCAGACAAAGGCUCAGACUGAUCCAGAGUUUGACGAGUUUGAUGAUGCUGAGGAAGAAAUACUGCCUACCAUCGGUACCUGCAAAGCACUCUACCCAUUUGAAGGAAAUAAUGAAGGCACUCUCGCAUUAGCAGAAGGAGAGGUGCUCUUUGUGAUUGAGGAAGAUAAAGGAGACGGCUGGACACGUGUCCGGAGGAAUGAGGAAGAGGAGGGCUACGUUCCCUCAUCCUAUAUCGAGGUCUUCCUCGACUCCAAUGCCAAAGAUUCCUAACCAAGAGAAGAAGGCACAUGGCAAGUGACUGCGUAUACAGGAAAACACCACUCUACCAAAAAGGAGUUAGUGAAAUGAUGAUGAUGAUGAUGAUGAUGAUGAUGAUGAUGGACAAAUGAAGUUGGAAGAAAACCAUGCACAGGGGGCUGAGGAGCCUCUUCUGCAGACAGUAACGAUCUGAAUGCCCAUACAACCAAUAAGAGAUACAAAUAAUCUGACCCUUAAUGCGGCUACAUGUAAAAAUAUUGCUUAUUUGCUAUGCAGCUUACUGGCACUGUAAUUGCAAUUCAAUUCAACUUGACCUUGCAUUUAUUUACAUCUAUUGAGAUGGAGCUAGAUAGCAUAUACUAUACAUGAGCACAGAUACAACAUUAGGUCGGAUAACAUAAGUCUUGUCCAGUCAAUCUGUAUGACAUCUAAAUAUGUUUCCCAGGUCUUUCAUUUCAAUCUUGUUCAACAUGUGACCGGUUUACCUUCAAACUUUUUUUUUUUUUCCAAAUAUCACACAGUUAAUGAGAGAGUUUAUGUCUGAAGGAUCGGACAAAGAUGCCUAUACUAUAUAUAUUCUAUACGCAUUUUGAGUCUUUGUGUUUUUUACAAUCAGUCCCUUUUGGGAAACAUCAUACUGGCUCAUUUGCACCAACAGAUUUAAUUUUGUGUUUCUUUUUUAGAGUAUUUUUAUAACAAGCAAACUGUAUUAUGUUGCUUAGCCAGUGUGUAGCUAUUAGGGGUUGCAUAGAUUAAAAUAAAAUAAAAAAUAAAAAAAGCAGGCUGAAUGUUCUUUGUUAUCUAAAAAAAAAAAUGAAGACUAGACAAAGCCAAUUCUACAGUCAGCUUACCCAUUGUGUAAGAGUAUGCUUUAAUAAAUCAUUAUUAUUUUCACAUCACUUUUAUGUACCCACUCACAAUUAUUUUUGUUGUCCUUUAAAAAAUAAAUAAUAUCCUAGCUAUUUGGGAUAGUGAAUAGCACUGUAUGAAAGAGUGAAAUCAGUGCCAUGGAUUACACAUCACUAUCAGAUCCCUCUAGACUAGAUUAAGUCUGUCAGAGCAUGCCAACAGACAGAGGCACACUUGUGUUUGGAUGCUAUUGAGGCCUUUAUUGAACUUGGCUGUUGAACACCCAGGUCAUUAUUAGCCUUGAAAAAUCUUUCUGAUGCUACUGUAGCUGUAGCAUCCUCCAUUCUGCUAUAAAGAACUCUCUGUUGAAGAAAAUGAGCUUCUGUGCUGUGUGCCCUGAGUUCCAGAAACAAAUGUUUAUAUACAAGUGCAUUUUAUGAAUUCUUACAUCCUUAAAAUAGUAUAUGAUAUGCAUAUUUUUUGCACAUUUAUUGCACUGAUUUAUUUAUUUUUAGUCUUUAACAGUGUAACUUAAAAAUUGGAAAUGUAAUUCCUAGCCUGUGUUUAUCAGUUAUUUGAAAUGCAGUUUGUCAGUUCCUCGCCAUUUAACUGUACUAUUAUUAAAGGCUGUAAUGAUAAGGUAAUGGUAAUGGUUAAGGUAAUGGUAAGGAAAUUACUACUCUACUAGCAAAAUGAAUGGCCUUGCAACCCCUAGUAGCUAUAAGCAAACACUGUGAAGUCACAUGGUUACAUGCACAGUUUGUAAGAGGUUAUUUUGCAAUCCCAUCCUGUGAAUUUAUUGAGCCUGUCUAAAAGGUCAGCCAUCUUAUGUUAUGUGGUUGCUUAUGUGGUGUUGACUUAGGAAUCAUUGUUGCCUUUUGAUCUGAAUCUGAUUAUAUGGUCAGACAGAGAGCAAGUUCCAGAUCAGGGCUAGACUGUGCUUUUCCACUGACACAGUGCUGUUACCAAAACUAACGCUGGCUUAGUUCACCAAUCAGCCUUCGAAUUUGAGAAAAUAUUCAGCUUUGAUACAGCAUACAAAAAAAUUGUGAGUGGAAUUUGUGCUUUAGACAUUCGUAGUUGUCACACUUUUAAAGCUUCAAAAUGUUUUGAACAGUGAUCCUUUUAAAGGAAUAGUUCAGCAAAACUUUAGUGUACACAAGGUCCCUCAUAUGUCAAACAUCAACAGCAUGGUGUCUGAACUCUGCUUUUUUGAUUUUGCACAGAUGCUGAGCUAAAAGAAGUUUUUGGCGGUUUAGAAUCAAGAAAAUGCUUAAAUUAUACACUCAUCUCAAACAGCUUUGACUAAUUCUUUUCAUGUGCUUUUUUUUUUUUGCUCCAUGCAAUUUUUAAUUGAUCUUUGCCAAUAAUUCUACUCACUUGGAGAGACCAACAAAUGCAGGAGUAGUGUUCCUAUGUACACUCAAGACCUUUCAACUGUAGGGCAUUCUAAACAGAGGUCUGGCAUUUCUCAACCCACUAUAAGCCAAAUAAUGACACAUGCCUUACAUAAGUGAUAAAUAGUAAGUUAACUUUGAACUUUAUCAUUUUUUUCUAUAUUUCUGUAAAGCUGCUUUGAGACCAUUGUUAAAAGUGCUAUACAAAAACAUUGAAUUGAAAUUAAUUGCAUGUUACUAUUUGAAAUAUGGCAGCAGAAUAAUUAGGGAUUUUUCACACCAUUGUAGGGCAAAAUCAGCCUUUUAAAGGGAAGGGUCCAUUGAAUAUGUGUAUUGGCAAUUCUUACACGCGAAAUUAGAACUUGUUAAGAGUGAGGGAUGCUGUUUAAGUUAUGCAAAUGGUAUUGCUGGGUCAAACAAUGUCUUUUAAGGCAAGGGAAUGCAUGUAGUUUGCAUGAUGAUAAGCAGAUUUCUGUCUGUGAUUACCUACAUUACCAAUGUAGCACCACUGCAUUCCAUUUGAAAGAAAACACUGUUGAAAACAUUUUGGCUGAACUGUUCCUUAAUGACAUGUUGGCUGCCCAGACCCUUGUGAGCAUCAGAGGGUGUUUUGUCAGUGGAAAAGUACAUCUAUGCACAGCUCUAGCAGGAAAUAUGAUUGUUCUUAGAGAAUAAAAAUAAAUGAAGGUUUAAACCAUGUAAAUUCUUCAGCAGAACCUGCUAGACCUCUCUUAUCAUGGAUGAAACACACCUCCUGUGUGUCCAUGGCUUUAUUCUGUGGUAUAUGUGAUUUCCUUUCUUAGGCUUAAUGUCUGUGGUUUAGAAGAGAAAAUACAUUUGUACUUUUUUAACAUUAUUUUUGUUUCGUAGAGAAAAAGAUGAAUCAGUUUAAUAUUGUUUUAGUUUCAGGAAGUUCCUUUGACUACUCACGCUGGCACAUAAUUGAUUUUCACUGUUUGAUUUUUAACUUUCUUACCUUCUCAUGGAGAAUUAUUAUUAUUAUUAUUAUUAUUAUUAUUAUUAUUAUUAUUAUUGUUAUUAUUAUUAUUUUUAUUAUUAUUAUUAUUAUUAUUAUUAUUAUUAUUAUUAUUAUUAUUAUUGUUAUUUUUAUUAUUAUUAUUAUAGCUGUUUUAGCUUCAACAGAUUAAAGUAGUUUUUUUGUUUUCAUCCCUUUGUAAAACAGAACAUACCUGUUAAUAAAUUCUCACUUCAAUGUCAUCACAAGAUAAAUAUCUCAUACGAACUGACCUACAAUUCCGAUAUAAUGAGCUGUAAAUAUGAAGCAAGAAAAUAUUGAUGCUGCCUGAAAACUUCUCACUGUUCUGAAACAUGCAGUUUCCCUGCAGUUACACACAAACACACACACACACACACAUGCACACGCACACACACACACGCACACGCACACACACACACACACGCACACACACACACACACACACACACCCUUGCUGUGCUGUAAAGAGUGUCACACCAGCUCCAAAUCAGUAAAUAUGCAUAUAAAUCUAUAAAUAAGAAUGACUAUGGAAAUAAUAAAGAGGAAAAAAAAUCUAUUUUUAAGCUUUGAACUAAUAAUAAAAUGUUCUGAAAUUUUA